AUGGGCUCGGCCGUCUGGGUCCUGCUGGCCCUGCUGGCGCCCGGCCCGCUGUUGGGUUCCUCCCCGCGGCUGGAGGUGCGGGGGGCCAGGGGUCAGAUCCUGCUGCCCUGCGGGGCCCGGGGUCCCCGGCUGCGCUGGGUCUGGUCCCCCCGAUACCCCAAAUGCGCUGGCGACCCCGGAGACCAGCUCGAAAUCGCCCAUCUGCCCCCCAGGCCGGAGCCCCCCCUGGACCAGUUCAAGGGGCGCCUGGAUCCCCACCCCUCCGGCCUGGGGGCCCUGCUGCUCCGGGACCUGGUCAUGAGCGACUCGGGGACCUUCACCUGCCACGGGGAGUCUGGGGCCGAGCCCCCCAUCCAGCUGGAGGUGACAGGAGGAACCGACAGAAUCAAAACAAAAAAGAGAACAAAACAGGAGCCCCCGGGCCCCGUUUAUGCCCCUUGGAAGAGCCACGGCUUGGAGCCAAAUCAACCGAAAGACGCCCCGUGCCCCAGAGUCGAGAAAGAAAAGUCCCAGGCACCCUGCUUUACGCUGAAGUCCAGCACCCACUGGUGGCUCGAGCCCCAGCCCCUCCCCCACACGGCGCCACGGUCUAUGCCACUAUUGUCUGACCCCCACCCGCCCCGGCUCCACUCCCCUCUCCUCUCCACCCCUUCAUGAGUUGCAUUCACACUCCUGGCUCCCAGGCGAUGGGAAAUUCAGCUGGAAGAUGCUAGAAAUCUCUGUUAAAAUCCUGUGGUGGGGAGUUCUGCAGGUUAACGGAUUGUGGCAUUAAAAUCUGCCUUUG